AUGGAGGGUCUAUCUGUAUACUACACCAAUAAUCUGCUUUAUACGCAGGAAAGAUUGUCGAAAUAUCGACCUGGCGGGUACCAUCCCGUCCGCCUUGGCGGUGCCUUCAAAAACAACCGCUACGAAGUAAAUCAUAAACUAGGAUGGGGAGGGUUUUCCACCGUCUGGCUUGCACAUGACAGAGAUGUCUGCAAAACCACCCCCAAGGGAAUCUCUGUUCAAUUACUUGACGACUUUACUCACCACGGUCCUAAUGGAGCCCACCAGUGUCUUGUAUUCGAAUUAUUUGGCCCUCCUGUGGAUAAAGUUCUCCACGAGUACUACGAAUCUCAAGAACGGCUAGAAACUGCCACCAUCUUACGAAUGUCAAAACAGCUUCCUGAGGGUGUUGAGUUUAUCCAUAGGUCCGGUAUGGGCCACGGAGAUAUAAGCGGUACGGACUUGUCGAAUGCAACAAAAGAAGAUCUUUUUGAAGUUCCUGGUACUCCGGAAGUUGAAAGCUGGCUCAUAUUGACGGCAGUCAACUCCCCAAGGGCUUACCAGAGACUCUAG